CGUGCUUCCACCCCAACCCAACCAAGAACUACAUCCAAGAACUUGAGGAUGACCUCACAAGACAAGACCAAAUACCAAGAACUCCCCAUAAGACCACAUGGCAUACUUUGGCAAGAAGACUUCAUAACGCCUUCACACGAAGCGCAACUCAUCUCCAUCUUCCAAAACGAACUAGAAUGGCCCUCCCGGAGUGGUCGCAUAUCCCUCCACUACGGCUACUCAUUCGACUAUAAAACCUUCGGCAUAGACCCAGAUAUUCCGUACAAGGAAUUCCCAGACUGGCUGCAACCACUCAUUCCAACCACGGAGGGCCGGCCCCCGGAGCAAGUCUGUCUGCAGUAUUAUCCCCCGGGUAGCGGUAUCCCGCCGCAUGUAGAUGCGCAUAUGGCGUAUGACCAGCUGUAUGCGUUGUCGAUUGGGGCGCCGAUUAUGAUGCAGUUUCGGCGUGGGGAGGAGCGGGUGGAUGUUGAUUUGGUGCCGAGGUGUAUGAUGCAGAUGACGGGGGAGUCGAGGCUGUUUUGGACUCAUGGGAUUAAGAAGAGGAAGAAUGAUACCCUUGCUGAUGGGUCGGUUAGGCCUAGGGGGGAUCGGUGGAGUAUUACGUAUCGGUGGGUUAGGGAGGGUGAGUGUGAGUGUGGGGAUGUGGAGGUUUGUGAUGUUGCGCAGAGGAAGAAUGGGGUUGAGAAGGAGAAGAGGAGUUUGAAGGAGUUGACUACGAAGGAGGAGGGGGAGGGUGGGGUGUCUGGUUGA